AUGAUGCGGCUGUGCAGGAGUUUUUUUGUGGUCCUGGCCUGGAGUUUGGCGGUUGCUGCUGCUCAAAGGGUGCCUGCCACCUCGGUGCUCUAUGAAUGCAACCGCACCAGCAUCCACCUGGCUGUCAAGAUGGACCCUUGGGGCACCGGUCUCAGGCUGGAUCCGUUGUACCUGUACCUGGGCAGCUGCCCCCCAUCCUUCCAGAGCAACGUCCAGGGCCUCUUCCACUUCCAGUACGACUUGAAAGACUGUGGCUUUGCCCGGCUGACGUCGGGCAGAAUGGUUGAGUGCUCCACUCACUUGGUCUACCAGCCUCCAGCUAGCCAAGGCAGACACUACAGCAGCCCCUUCACGGAGAGGAUCAACUGUACAGAUUCCAAGGCAGAUCACUUGAUUCCUGCACGGGUGUCGUCGGUGACUGGCCAGCUGUCUGCUUCCAGUGUGCUGAUGUUCUCUGGGAAGCUCAUGAAUGAGGACUUCAGCGCUCCAUCUGACUCAAAGGUCUUUCUCCUGGGCUCCCAGAUCCACAUUGAGUUUGCAGUGCAGAGUUUCUCCCACCAGCCUCUGCGGGUUUUUGUGGAUGAAUGCACAGCCGCUGCCACCCCGGAGCUGAGCAAAUCUCCCAGGAAUUACAGCAUUAUUGCAAACCAUGGGUGUAUUGUGGACGGCAAGGUUGCAAAUUCCCGGUUCCUCCAUAGAAAGUCUCCUGAAGUGAUCCAUCUCUCUCUGCAGGCUUUUGAAUUCGUGGGGGGAGACACUGAUGUCUACCUUCACUGCCGACUUCUAGCCUGGGAUCCAAAACUCCUCACUGACCCUAUGAGGAAGGCCUGUUCCUUCCGCAGAGACUCCAACAGAUGGGAGCUCGUAGAUGAUUCCUCCAGUUCUGUGUGCAGCUGCUGUGAUUCCGUGUGCCAAGCACCUGGGUCUCGUCACAAGAGAGAAUCCGAAGGUUCUUCAAUGGAAGUUGGUCCACUGCAGUCUAAUGUGAUAGUUAAUCGCCUGACGAUUCAGAGGUCGGCUCAAAAUGCCGGCCGCUACGAGUGGGACGCGAAAAGUUCCUUUGCUGUCAGAAGCCACACAGGCAGGAAGCAAAACAUGAUGCCGCCGGCCGUGGGCGCACUGCUGCUGGAAGUGUUGGUGAUUGCCGCGCUGUCGUUUGGCUUCUGCUUCUACAACGGCUAUCAGAAGCGGCUCUGCUGCCGCAGCAGGGAGACUGAGGACCCAGUGGCCCGGGGGCUGGUGAAGGCGGAGCACGAUUGUGGAUGUAUUGAUGCUGAGAUGGACUAA